CGCAUUUUGAACACAAGUCACAUUCUCAACGCGCAUUUAUUCCGCGUUGUUGACGCAUUUCUAAUCUUUCAGCGUAACAUUACAGAUAUUUUUGGUAAGUUUAAUUACUUUUUGUAAAUGAGCGGCAGUUUUGAAUCGUAAUAAAUCCGAGCAUGCGUAUUAUCAAGUAGUCUAAAGUCGUCAACUCCGUGACGAUACACACACACAAGCGGGCCGCAGUUUAUUUACGCUCGCGCAAGAAAUCGGUUCAGUGAAGUGAUGUAAACCUAUUUUUGUAUUUAGUUAACCUCACAUCUUACCUUAUAGGUGAUUCAUCAACAAGUAGUUGAGCGGUCCUGUGUUGCAUAUAACUCAAUGUUUUUGUCUAGUGGGAGGACGAAAUACAAAAUGUAAAAUAAAGUGACGUGUGCAAAUAAAAUCGAUAAGAAAUAUGGAAACGGUGAAGAGGUCACGCAAAUGAUAAUAAAAUGGAUAAUUGUUUCGCCGCUUGCGGCUCAUGCGGCUGUGUUGAUAAUGAAGGAAUAACCAAGGGCGACCUCGACCGGUUUACGGACAAAAUUGAGAAUGUUCUCAACGAUGAAAAGGGAAGAAGGUUGUUUAGAAACUUCAUGAUUACCUCCAAGAUGAAGGACGGCCGGCGAACGCUCAGCUUCUGGGAAGACGUCGAACGUUUACUUAUUGGGAAAGACAGCUCGGAAACAAUGUCACCGCGUAACUAUCUCAGGGCAGUAGACAGAUUAAUUGACGAUGCUGAAAGAAUAGAAGAAUUGGACUUCGCAGCCAUGGAGAGACUAACCAUCGCGCGGGACUCCGAAAACAAGGAGGAAAUCAAUGAAGUGCUAAAAAUAUUAAAAGUAGAAGCUACAAAAGCACUUAGAAGGGAAUACGGUGCAUUUAGAAGGCAUUUUGUAUUACAACAAAAAUAAAAUAUAGCUUCAGAGACUAGUGCCUUGUGUUUUGUAAGCAUUUUCAAAGUUCGCGCCAAUUUGUGAUAUUAAAAUUGAGUGUUGCAAUUAUUUACAUUUUAAAGGCAUGUUACACUAUACGUAAAAUAAAAUACGAUGCUUGCUAAUAAAGUACAAUCCAAGUUUGAACAUUAGAUUUAAAGUACCUACUCUGUGGAUCCAAGACUGCCAUGGUGUAUGUAACAUACCUUUGAGGUACUGCACUGAUGUAAUGUUACACAGUAAAUAACCUACUUAUUUUUGUUAGAUAUCCACAUAAUCCGUCCUUCACGCAUACACGAUUUUUUAUUUAUUUGUAGGUAUGUUCCAUGAAAACAAUUUAAGUUGAGUUGGAUGGCUAAAAGUUUUUGUGAUGAUUAAAACUGAUUGCUUUUACAA